AUGUCUGAGGACUGGAAGAAAGCAAAUGCUAUUUGUAUCUUUGAAAAGGGCAGGAAGAAGGAGCCACGGAACGACAGGCGGUCCAACUCAUUUCCAGCCCGAAGAAGAUAUAAAGUGUUCAGGAAAGUCCUUCAUUGCUGCAAGCGAGGAGCAGAAAGGAAGCACAGAGGGAUUGCUCUACGUGUAUUGCCAGAGGACAACUAAGCAAGGGAAAAGUCUCCAUGCGUUCCUAUUGAACAAUACUAUGAUGUCGCUCAGCUGAAAAAAAGUGAUAUGUGUAUGAAUGAUGAAUUGCUUUCCAUAUCACCAGACACUUUGGCUAGACCACUGUGCCUACCAUUUUCCCCCUCUCACCUCUACCCUACACACAUUUCUAGGUACACCACGUUCCCAAACUUCAGAUCACCUGAGGGUUGAGACACUGGGAUCAAUUCAAGCCAUCAUCAACCUUUCCAUUCCAGUUUUUCUAGGAGGACUUUUGACAUGGCUGUUCUGAAAAGGACCAGAGAGAACUCUCUUUCCAAGUUUGUAGAAGAAAAUGGUGAAAUGUAUUAUCCAAAUCCACCAAAGAUAGUGGCCCCCACCCUUUUAAAAGAGGUCAAAUAUAACUUUUCUCCAAGAAUAACCAAUAUGCUACAAAACACUGAAAGGGCUCUGGAGAUCACAACAUGCAGUCAUGUCUUCACAGGAACAGCUCAAAUAUAUCACCUUGUCCUGGGUAACUAUUACAUAAAAGCCAUUUGCAGAUUGACUGGAGAACUAGGUGAAUACACAGAAAUAAUAAAUACUGCCUUUACUAAGAACCUCACACUUCCACCACAAAGAAACAUUUCUGCGGGUCUGUCACAAGUGAGACCUCCCGAAGGGUGCACUGCAUGCUUACGUCAAGGUGCACAUCCUCAUGAAUCAAUUCUGCAAGAACAGUACUCCUUCGGGUGCAUUCACCUGUACUCAGCAUUCCCACUGCUGUCACCAGAUACUAAGACAUGCUACCAGAAAGUUCCUUACCUUGAUUCAAGCCCAACAAUAAACAACCUUCUGAAAAUCACUGACAUGUUGCAAAAAGAAGCACUGUAGAGGUGGCAGCUUUCAGGAAGGCCGAAAUUUGAAUCCCAUCUAAAAUCUGCAUGUUCACUUUCCUAUGAAGACUUCAAGCCCAGAUAUUUGUAUCAACAUACAAUAUGGGAAAACCCACUUAGCCUAAGUAAUCCAAGCUUGCCACUGGAUGCAAAGCAUGAGGAAAGUGGAAUUUUGUUGCACAGACUUUGGCAUCAAGAAACAUGUCUGCCUGCAUGGAAACCAGAGGAUGGGCCAAGGGAGAUAACACUGCCUGAACGGAACCCUCGCUGUGAAGUUCCUCAGCACCAGACAGCACUGAUGGAGCUGCAAUAUUCCUUCUCUAAGAGAGCACAAAAACAUUUACAUGAUUCCAUAAAAGAAGAGAGGAAAAAAAUCCUCACAGAUACCAGUACUGAAAGAGACACAAGAACUAUGGUUUCAAUGCUUUUUUAUUUCUUUAACUGA